AUGACGAAAGCGGAGGUGACUGUGACGGUGUUGCAUGCAGCCGCGGAGAUGGAUAUUGUAGCUGAGAAAGAGAAUGAAACGAGAUACCCUCGCAAUGGCGCCAACGCGAGUAGCGUUAAGGUUGGCUCCGAUGUUUAUGUUAACGUAAAUGGAAAGGACUCCGAUAAUGGAGUUGUAGUGGAAUGGGAUGGAAAUUGCAUUAUCGAAGAAGACCACGAAGUGAAAUCCGAAUCUGAUUCGGUUACUAUUACUAUGAAUCAGCAGGAGGUGUUGAAACCUGUUGAAGAAAAAGGAGGUGUUGAACAGAGUGAUGAUAAAGUCGAUGAUUUGGUUAAUGGUGUAUCUACGGAUGAUGAUGCUACACAUAAAGUCUCUGUUAACUCCAUUAGUUCGAAUCCUAUAGUCUCCGUUGGUGGUAUAUCGUUUGUAGUUGAUGUUCAAAGUAAUCAAUAUAAUGGUAAUCUGGCUGAUUUGGAGAUGGCUUCCAAACUGGUUGGUAAGUCUUUGGACGUGGUUUCGGGUUUGAAAUCGGAAACGAAUGUUAGUUCUGAUUCUAUAGCGGUUGUAGAAAGUAAUCCUGCAGAGAAAACUUGUGGUGUCACAAACGGAGGAAUUCAGUUUGGUAGUUUCGACGACAAGGCUGAAAGGGAAACACCGUUCAACAACAUGAUCAGGGUCCCGAGAAACUACGAUGAAAGGUUGAAAGUAAUGAUAAGACUUGCUCAAAAUAAGGUUGAUGAGAAGAUUCGAAUUCGACAUAUGAUUCAUAUCGAUAUGCAAAGCACGUGGGUUACUUGUGAGGAAUAUCGCAAUGAUUUUAGUGAUGCUGUAUUUCAAGAACAAGUGGCUCGAGACUUGCAUAGGUCCAAAUGUCAGGAAAUAGAGUGGAUGCAAACCGUGAUUGAUAUUGAAGAUAUUGAAGUCAAGAUACGAAACAUGGAAUGGACAAUGCAACACCAAACUCUACCGCUAAAGGAUGAAAAGCUGUCAUCUACCAUGAGUAGACAGGACGAAAAUCAACAAGGUUUGGACCGGAAAGAGCGUCUGAAGUCUUUAAAGAAGGAAGCUGACCAAUUGAGAGCCAACCUCAUAAACGCUGUGGCGAUCACUGAGGUAACUAAGAGAAAAUACUAUAACGAAACCGAAAAGUUAAGCGAAUCGCUGUACCUGCUCAAAGCUGCAGAUGACAACCAAGAAGAAGCGUAUGCACAGCUUCAAAGUUUGAAGAAACAAUUAUAUGAGAAGAACCAACACUUUCGGCAGUACAGGGAUGAUUUUAUUAAAGCGAAUGAGUUGGGUUGGAAAGGGGAUAAAGUGGCACUCCAAAAUUUUUGCAUUAACCAGGUGAGACUGAGGACAUUAGAUGGCCGUGCACUUGGUCCUGGUGAAGUGCCUCCUGUAAUUCAUCGAGCAGUAAAUGGAAGAGCGCUCGUGGAUCAUACAAUGUCCGGCUUAACUUUGGAAGAUCGAACACAAGAGUUAGUGGCGGUGGCAAAAGCUGAAAAGGUACUUGCGGAAAAGGUUGUGGAGCAAAAGAUGUUUAUGAAAUCUGCUCCUCCAGAAAGUGUUUCAACAACUGCUUCUAAUGGGUAUAAAAUCGAAGAGGCUGAAGAAGAGAAGCCGGAGAGAACAAAGGAGGCGGACGAAUCGGACAGGAAGGCAGAGGAAUUGAGAAAGGAAGAGGAAGCGGCUAAGUUAAAGGAGCAACGCCAGUUGGAGGAGAUAGCUAAAGCUGAGGAAGCACAAGAAAGGAAGAGGCAAAAGGCAGAGAAGAAACGGGAAAAGAGGGCAAAGAAUAAGGAAAACCAAAAAGCCGUCGCAACAGCCGGUGACACGGGCAUUGAAGAUGAAGCUGUAUCUGCUUGUCCGACUUCUGAAACUCUUGCUGAAACUUCGAAAGAAACCGAAAACAAAGAGAAACCCAUGGUGGCUACUACGGGAACGCCUCAAAAGGUAUCAAAGUUCGAUUCCAAACCUGUUACACUGGGUUGGCGUUAUCCUCCUCAUGGGUGGCUGAAGUUUAACGUAAGCGGAAUGGCAACUGAGGAAGCUAUGGGCUGUGGAGACAAGGAAGGAAAUGUAAGAGCUUUAUUCUCGGGACCAUGUGAUGCCAUUAAUGCAGAUUCAACUGAAUUAGGAGCAAUAAUUACAUCUUUGAGACCUUGGUCACAACAAACUACAGUUGAUGAUAUGGAAAGGAGACUAGCAUGUGUGGGUGAGGUAGCAUUUUCAAAAGCAGACCAGCAUGGCAAUGAAAUGGCAGAAACAUUAGCGUCAAUAGAAGAAUCUGAGAACAAGAAACUGAAAGCAGCAGCAACAAGAUCGAUAUAA